ACAUCGCAGAGAGCGAGCAUCGUGGCGCGGCACCACAUAGCUAGAGAACUGACAAGGAGAGCCUCCACAGCAGCAGCAGCAGCGAUGUCUCUCCCUCUUAAGGUUGGUAUGUUCGGCGGCGGCACGGUGGGUGGAGGCGUUUACGAGAUCAUGGAGCAGACGAAGAAGGAGCUCUUUAAGGCCGGCGGCGUUGACGUCACCAUCGCCAAGAUCUGCGUCCGAGAUGUCAACAAGAAGCGGUCCUUCGAGCUCGAGAAACACACGACCAUGGUCACCGACUACGACGAGAUCCUCGAAGAUGACAGCAUCAACUGCGUCGUGGAGCUCAUGGGCGGGGUGACCCACGCCAAGGACGUCGUGUUCAAGGCCCUCAAGAAGGGCAAGCACGUCGUCACCGCGAACAAGGCCCUCCUGGCCCAGCUCUUGCCCGAGGUGAAGUCUCUCGUGGCGGAGAACGCGGGAACCACGCUCGGCUACGAGGCGGCGGUGUGCGGAGGCAUCCCGAUCAUCCACAACAUGCAGGGCAGCUACGUGGGCGACUCUAUCCAGUCGGUGAUGGGCAUCAUGAACGGCACGACGAACUUCAUGCUCACGAAGAUGGAGACCGAGGGAGCCGACUACGCCGCGGUUCUCAAGGAGGCUCAGGAUCUCGGCUUCGCAGAAGCGGACCCGACGGCAGACGUGGAGGGACACGACGUGCAGGCAAAGAUCGCGCUCCUCGCCAAGCUUGCGUUUGGGCAGGACGUGGCUCUGGACAAGGUCCCCUGCGCAGGCAUCUCCAAUCUCAGCAGCACCGACUUCGCCUGUGCCAAGAUGAUGGGGUGCACGAUCAAGCUGGUCGGAACCGCCGCGCUGGGCGAGAGCAAGGACAAGCUGGCCGUCUUCGUCUCUCCGGUGCUCGUGCCGCUAGGUGGGCCGCUUGCCUCUACACGAGGCCCGGGCAAUGUCGUCGUGGUACGCUCCGAGAACCUAACCGAGAGCGUCUACGCCGGGCCAGGGGCGGGACGGUACCCCACCGCAAACUCGGUGGUGAACGACAUCGUCCGCCUCGCGCGGCUGGGGGCGGCGGGCACCCCGCCCCCGUUCCCGCUGGAGCGGCCGCUGGAGUUGGAGCCCGACUUCGAGGCGUGUUUCUACGUGCGGGUGACGGCGGCGGACGGCCUCGGCGUGCUCUCGGCCGUCGGCGCGAUCGCCUCCGAGGCCGGGGUUUCCGUGCACUCCGUGCUUCGCGGCGGGGAAGGGGGCGGGGGCGGUGGAGAGGAGGCGGGCGUGGUGAGCUUGGUGGUCAAGACCGACUCUUGCUUGCGGUCGCAGGUGGGCGCGUUCGUGGACGGGCUCAAGGGGAAGAAGGUGGCGACGGCGGACCCGGUAGUCAUGUCCAUAUUGUGA